UAACAAAAGAGCAAUGUUUUCCUGUGUUGUUUAUUUUUAAAAAGCGUUUUUAAGCGUUAUUUUGGACGCGAAAAUGGACAAAUCCAGGUCCAGUGCCUACGACAAGUUCGUUGGCUUCGUGGAACAACUGCGGAAUACGGAAUGCAGCCAAAAGCAGAAGAUCACCUGCUUCCAGCAGAUUGCCGAGUGCAUCAUGUCGCCCUCGCUGGCGGGGCACAUCAACUAUGCCGCCCACUGCGGCACGGCCACCAAUGUCCUGCUGCUGUUCUGCGAGGAUGUGGACUCCGUGGUCCGGAUGAGCGCCGAGGAGAACCUCAAUAAGAUCCUUAGGUCACUCGAGAAAACCCGCGUCAGUCGCAUUCUUAUGGAUCUGUAUGGUGAAAUUAAGCGGAAUGGUAACCAGAGAUCCCUGAGGAUUUGCCUGAACCUGUUCUCUUACUAUGCUCCACAAAUAAAGGAGAAACACAUCAAGUGGUAUGCCGUGAGAUUGCUCCAAUGCAUGACGACCAUCUCCCAGCGCAAGGAGACGUUGCUCCAGGAGACUCUCUGCGACUUCGUCAAGCACUUUAGCCGUCAUAUACAACAGGGUCUCAGCGACAGCGAAUCCUGCAAACUGUUCGAGACUUUUCUGGACCAUAUUAGCUCCGAUUGUGCUGUCAAGCGUCGUUGUUCGGCCCAAAAUUGCAUCAGUCUGAUUGAGAACGCGCGCAAUAGGAGUCUCAUGGCCAGACAUGGAGUCAACAAAGUGAUGGAGCUCCUGCUGACGGAUCAGCAAGCGAACAGCGUGCUGGGAGCCUUGGGGCUACUGCGCCUCCUGCUGCCACAGCUCAUACGCGGCUACCCCGGCGAUAGCCACGAGGAUUCCGAGUCCUUGGCCGGCAAGAGGCAGCAACAGCAGCAGACAACGACCUCCGACUGUCGGCAAAUUAUUGAAAUUUAUGAUUAUUGUUUGCACCUGCUGAGCACGCAGCACACUGCGAAUCACGCCAUCAUAAAUGCCACCCUGGAGGUCAUCAACGGCAUACUCCAGGCUGUGGACGCCGCAUCCGAUGGCCAAUGUAGCCAGAGUCUGGGGCAAAGUUUGCGCCAACUGUUGUGCAAUCAACAACUGCAGCACAAUGAGUAUUUGCGGCGAAGGAAAUCAUUAAAGAAUCAAAUAUUCCAAUUGAAAAAUUACGAAGUGGCGACAAGUCAACAGCAGCUCGAGGAUGAGGAUCAGGAUGUGGAUGAGCUGAUGGCUGGGGCCACUGCAAUGCAAAUGAAAAAGAAUUCAAAUGCAAAACUGCAGCAGGCGAAGUGUCGAGAGCAGCAGCAGCAGCAUCAGCAGCAACAGCAAGGCGAGGUUGACAACAGCUCGCUGGGAAUUAAUGCUGGGGAAGAUGCCACGACCGAGGCUUCAAGUUCCGUCGCUGAUGAAGGGGGAGAGCCGGAGUCAACGAAGCAGCGCUGCCACAUUAGGAAUGCCGCACGCAGCAUCAGCGAAUGCGUUGCCUCGGAUGAGGACAAGCAGGGGCAAGGACACCGGCAGCAGCGGGACGACGAUGAUGGCAUUGUGGCGGAGCAUGAUGAUGAUGAUGACGAUGACGACGACGACAUGGAGCUGCUGAGUGCCGAGUGUGAUGACUUUACAACCCUGUCGCAACUAAAUGAACAACAACAGGCGCUGUCAGCGGCAUUGAAAUUGCCCGCAACAACAGCAGCAACAGCAACAACAGCAGCAGGAGCAGCAACAUCGCAGGACGAUAUACUGAUUGAUGUUGAUGCCGAUGUCGGGGGGCUGCCUAAACCGCAGCAUCAGUCAUCUCUGCAGAAUCUGCUCGCCGGCAGCGAUGACAAAUCCCAGCAUUUGAGUGACAUCGACAAUGAAUCUUUCAACAGCAUCGAUUUCGAAGCCGAAAUCACAAUUGCCGGCAGCAAAGAGCAACAGCAGCAGCACCAGCAGCAGCAGCAGCAACAUCCAACAGCGGAUGAUACGGUGGAAUCCGGCGAUGCAACAGCAAUUGGCACAUUCUUCAACAAUCUGCUGUCGCAUUCCAAUGCAGCUUCGGAGUCGGUCAGUAAGCUCUUUCGUCAAUCAAGCGGCUCUAAGUCCACGCCCACCAAGUCCGCCUCCACUCCCGCUGCCGCUGCCGCCGACAAAUCGGAUGCAAUCUCGACCGCCUCGCUCACGCUCUCGCUCAGCUCCUUGGCCAGCAGCAAUCUGGAGCCGCCGGAACGGCAGCCCUCGAUUGCGGAGACGCCCACGCCUGUGGAGGACUCCUGCUCGAUAACCGCCUCCCACACAGCCUCCACAGCCCUCAUGAUGGAUGCUCCGGCCGUGGAAGUGGCAGCCUCUAAGCCCGAAACACCGCAGCUGCGUGGCACGCCCAACGCUAAUCCCUUUCUAGCGGAGAACUCGCCGCUCCGGCAGACAGUUGUCGGUCGUGCCCUGAUCACCGUGAAAAUUGGCAGCAUCCUGGAGCAGUCGUUGGUCUACUAUACCGCUCGCUUGGUGGCAGCUCGGUUUCUGCUCAGUGGACAGGCGGCGGGAUUGCAGCCCGAUAGCAUCAGCAGAGUGUCCAUCAAGAGCCUCUCCCUGGCCGUGAUUGCCCAAUGUGUGCGUUUGUCUCCGAGGAUUCUUCAACUCAGCCUGCAGAUUAGCGAGCAGGAACUGCAGCUGCUGGAGGAGGCCACCUCUCGUACUGGAAGUGGUGAUAGCACUCAAGUCUCGAGUCCCCAGAGCAGCGACAAUUCCCAGGUAGGCGGAGAGAAGCCAGCGCUGGAUAGUAGUCUGGUUGAGACUAGCCUGGAGGAGAACCUGCUUCUGCUGGACAUCAAAGAUGAUCACUUUGGGCCGAGCACCUGUCCUGCAUACUUACAGUCAGCAACGCCCACCCUAAGUCGCAGUGCAGACGCUUCAGUUCUUCUACUUGAAGGCACUACCUCAUCGUCAUCAGCCAAGAAAUCGGCAGAGAAACUCUCCAAGUCCGAGAUCGUGGGAAGUUCGUAUAGGCCCACAGUGGCAGUUGAGGAUGUGCCUCCAUUGAACAUGCCUCCACGUCCACCCAAGCGCACAAAGUCAACGCGCAGUCGUGCAGGAGCUUUCAGAACCACUUCAACCACUGAAAACUCUCCACCUCAGGAUCGUCAGAAGCUUUCGGAUGUGCUGCUCUUCCAUGACCACUGCGAUCCCAUCUUGCGAGGCGGCGUCCAGCAGGUCGUGGGUAACUUCCUGCAAUCCAGUGGGGCCGGUCUGCUUCUGGAUCUGCAACGUGGUCUUGGCCUGCAACACUUGCUGGCCAUUUUGCUGAAGGGCUUUGAGGACGAGAUCCACACAGUGGUUAUACAAGCGUUGAAUGCAUUCGAUAAGAUAUUUCCGCAUGUGGUGUCCAAAUAUUUGACAGAGCCGCCAUGUCAUUAUCAUGCUCAUCAGCAGCAGCAACAGAAGGAGCAGCAAAAGGAGCAGCAGCAGCAGCAGGAUGAGGAGCAGAACAACCAGAAGCUGGAGCAGGACCUGCAACGACAUUCAAGUGGACAACAAAAGCGCUCGGGCCAGGCGCAAACAUUUGGCCAACAAACUUUUGCAAAGGACCAGGAUAAUGCCUUAAGCAGUCAACAGCAGCAACAAAGGCGUCCUAACGAUGCCGGGACAUGUGCCAACUCCUCGGCCACUGAUAAUGAUGAGCUACUGGCUGCUCUUUUGAAUGAUUUCCAAUUGCAAUCGACUGGCAUGCGGCAGCAGCAGAAGAAUAAUAACACCGGCACUGGACCGUCGGGUAAUGAGCCCGAUCUCGAACCCAAUCCCAAUCCCAAUCCCCAUCCCCAUCCCAAUCCCGAUCCAGCAGUGGAGCCUUCCUGUGUGUUUGCCAUCUCACCGAAAUUGCUCUUGAGCAAACUACGGCUCUGCCAUCACAAUAAAUAUUGGCUGGUCCAGAAUAAAUACGCCGAAGUUAUUUCGAAUUUAAAUUACGUGCUGCUGCGGUCGUACUACGCAAAUUUUCGUUGUGCCAUCGACUACAAAAACAGCGGCGCCACGAGCCAGGACCAGGACUCCCAGUGGCCGCCGAGGGAUGCCGGCAGUGUCUGCCACGCUGGACGAGAUGCGGAGGGCGAGGACAUUGUCUGCACUUAUGAGGCGCAGUUUCUGGCUGAACUUUUACAUCUGCUCGGCGACGAUGAUGCGCGGGUGCGGGAACACGCCGCCUGCUGUCUUUGCCGUUUUAUAAUGCAAACGGCGCGCCAGGAUCCCUCGCAGGACCAAGGAGCAGCAGCAGCUGGAGGAGGAGGAAAAGAAGUCGAUAUCGAAGGCAAUGGCAACGUCAAUGUGGAAACUCAACAAACUAAUUUCAAUUUGCUGUGGGAUUUUUUCGACUAUCGCAUAUUUGGCAGCAUGUCCGUGACGUUGCGUAAUUUAUUCCGGGCCAGCUCGACGAUUGUGCCGCCUCUGGCUGAGCUGGAUGCAUUGGCCACCUUCAACUCAGCCCCAUCCCACCCCGAAACUGGCAGCACGUCCGGCUCCUCCACAUCGACAUCUGCCUCAGCCGGAGGAUCCGCAGCGGCAGUCUCCGCGGCGUCGGCCUACUUUGAGGCAAGUUACGGCAUCGGCAUCGCCGAGGGGCAUGUUUUUGCGCUGGCAUCCGCGUCCCAACGUCAAAUCGCGCAGGAGGAAAAAGUUUUGGCCAAAGUUUUGUAUCGCUUGACAAAUAAAUUGAUGACGCUGAAUGAUAAAAAUGUGCAGUUUGGCAUAAUUUACGCGCUGCGAGUCCUGCUGAGGUACUUCAAUUUCGUGGACUAUCAACAGGCCUGGCUGGAAUUCAAUUUCGUGGAAAUUUGCAUUAGCUAUGCCUACUACAACAAUGCAACAGCUGCGGACCUCGGCUGCCAGGCCGAUUUGAUUGAUGUGAUGGGCAAAUUAAUGGCAGGUGGCAUGCUGAGCUCAGGUGAGCCGAACACCGCCCAUCUGGACUUUCUGCUGCGUCACAGCGUCAAGAUGCUGAACAUCUACUAUCACCUGGUCACCAAUCAGCGCCCACCCACCACGGGAUCGCAGUCGGGGAGCAGCAGCUCCAGGCCGCCCAAGAGCGAGCUCUUUGCCCGCGAACAGCCAGCGGCAUCCCAUCAGGCACUGGGUUACUUUGCCGGCGAUUACGUUUACAUGAAACUUUACAACAUUUUAAGAGGUGCUAAUGACAGCUACAAGAUAACCAUAAAUCAGGAAGCCGGCAGCUUAUUAAUUUGUCUCCUGAAAACCUGCCUCAACGCAUUGAGCCUGUGCCUGGAGGGCAUGGCGAGUGCUUCGCCCCCGGAGCUGAAAUUAAUCGAAGAAAUACUCCACUAUUUGACCAGGCUCAUAAAUUAUGCGCCCGCCGAGUGCGUUGCAUGUCUGCGGCAACUGUUGAAAUAUUUAUUCGCCCAAAAUUAUGCCAGCCAAGUGCGGCUGCAGGCAUCGGCAUCGGCCAUCGGUGAAAAUGGCAGUGGAAUUGGCUACCAUGCCGCCUUCAUGCGUCCCUACUUUGCGGCCAAGGGCAGGGGUCACGGCGCCGGCACCACCACAUUGUUGCCAACAAUAAAUUCAAAACCAGCGGUGGCGGCAUCCCAGCGAGGGGCACCAGGCGACGCUCGCCAGCCAAUUGAUGCCGGCCCACUCCAGGACAUGGGCAUGCUCUUUGUGCACGGCCUGCAGCCACCCACUCCGCCGGCGGGCGACUCUGUCCGGCUUAUAAAGCUAUUCGAGCCACUGGUCAUAUACUGUCUGACGCUCUUCAUGAAAUCCAAUGCGCUGAUACAGGCGCCCAUUUUGCGAUUGCUUUCCCAACUGCUGGACUUGAAUGUGACCUACAGCAUACUGGACUCCAAGAACGUAAUAUUCGAUCAGGUACUCAGCAAUAUGGAUCUGAUUGAGGGCGGAAUAGACAGGAACGCCUUCAUCAUGGUGCCGCCCAUGCUGCGAUUCCUGGUGCAGCUGACGCACAAGAGCGACCGGCAGCUGAUCACGAUACCCAAGAUCAUCAGCAUCACCAACAAUCUGCUGGCCAACGGAUCGGUGCGCGAGGUGGCCCUGCUGGCCCUAAAGACCCUCAGCUACGAGCUCUUCUUUAUGCACAACCAGCUGGAGGAGGCGCUGGACAACGAGGGCCAUAACUCAGGGCGAGCCGCGUGCCAGAGUCCUUUGAGUGCCAUGCCCACACCGGAAACCAGAGAAGCCCUGCAGGCGCAGCGACGCGAACUGGACACCCAACGGGAAGUGGUGCUGGGCAUGCUGGAGAAGUUCAUCGAGGCACGGCCGAGUCAACAGGUCCUAGCACUGCUCCUGCUGUUCGAGCGGAGUGUGCAGCAACUGGACACGCCGCCGUAUCGCAAUGCCCAGGAUGCGGACGCCGUGUACGGAACGCUUUGUCGAGGUCUGUGCUCGCGCCAAUGGCGUCUGCACAACGUCGGGGAUCUGCGGCUCCUGGAGAGCUGUUUCCGCAACAAUGGCAACCAUGUGCUGGCGGACAGCAAGGGAUUCCUGCAGCUGCUGCAGCUUUUCAUCGAGCAGGGCGUUGGGAACUUUGGUGAUUUAGCUCUGGCCAUGGUUAUGCUGUCCAACGUAAUCCUUAAAACGGAGGAGAUUUAUCUAGUGAAUCACAUUAAACUUUAUUUGAAAAAUAAUCCAACGGCCGAGCGUCGUCUGCAGGCACUGAUGCCCAGCUCCCCAUCGGCAGCACCUCAUUGGCAGGACGAGGCACCAUCGACGUCUUCGGCGGCGGCAGCUGCCAGAGCGGCGGCCGCAUCCUUCUCCGCCAGCCGCUCCUCCAUCAGCGAAAUUAACUAUUUCGCCAAAGUUCUCAGCGAGAAGCUGCUCGCCUGCUUGGACGUCCUGCUGGGCCUGGGACCGAGCUCAUCCUGCCACGCCUACAGCUACAGCCAACUGGCCGGGCGCUUCGUGGAUGCACUGCUCAACGUCUGCUGUCGCUCGCGGCACAAGGAUGCACUUCAAUCAGUUUUCCGUUUGGUUUUGGCCGAGUCUGAAUUUCUCUGCAAAUACUAUAGCCUGCUGUUGAUGAGUGCCGCCGGCCAGGGAGGCGCCCACUCACUGGAUGCCGUGCUGCUGGCCUGCCUCAGGCUGGUGCUCGCCAUGCGGCUGGAGGAGCCGGUGGCCCUUUUGGAACAGGCCGCCCAGCUGCCGCUGAAGAGGAACUUGCAGCGGGCGUUGCUACGCGAAGUUUGUCGUGCCAGUGUGGGCUGCGAUUGGAGUGCGCAACAAGUGCGCCGCCUGUUCGAAGGCAGGUAUCUGAAUUUCCUAAUUGCUGACCACUUGGAAUUCAUUUGCGAGCUAUGCCAAGAGCGUCCCGAGUGCGGCUCAUUACUGCAGGUGGCCUUGUUCCGGAAUGCCCAUCGAUUGAGCAGGCAAUCCAUUCGCAUCGUCCUUCGGCUAUUGGGACGUCUUUGUGAGCCCGCUGAACGCGAAGCCUCCGGAGACGUUGGCAGCGAUGCGGAUCCCACCCUGCAGGCCCUGCAGCUCCUAAGUCGCCUGCACCAGCUCCACGAAGGAGAACGCUCGCUGCAGCUGCCCAUCGAGCGGAUGGCCCGGCGGCUGAGCGCCCAGAGUGGCCAGGCGGCCAGGAACGUCAUCUACGAGCGUCUGGUGGAGGGAGACCUGGCCGGCGGAGAGGACCAGGACGCCCUGCGCACCCUGCUACUGAAGGACUUGGAGUGCCGCCAGGACAAUGAGACUGCAACGCCGUCGCGCAUAAUUGAUGAGAGCUGGCUCUUUGCGCAGCUAAUCAAAUUCGCCACCCAGCAUGCGGAUGCCCCGCAGCAGCAGAAGCAACUAAUGCUGCUGCUCCUGGAGAUCCAGUCGGAGCCCAAGCUGCAGCGCCUGCUCCGAAGUCUGGGCAGCGAGCAGGAGGCGAGGCUGCUGCGCCACGCCAUCGCUGGUUCCCUGGCCGCCAUGAUGUCCGCCUUCCGGCAGAAGUGCAUCCAGCAUGCACCGCACAUCAACUACAUGCAACCACCGCCACUGGCGCGCGUAUCCUGCGCCCUGCUCAUGUCAAAGGUGGCUGCCACAGAGGCCACAGAGGCCACAACAUGCCGCAAUCCACCCACCGGGGAGCAGCUGGAUGUGGCGCGGGCGGUGGGCGCCCUGAUGGCCUGCAUUCGGAAUGCGGAGCAAACAGCACUCAUCUACAUCGAUGCCCGGCUGAUGGAGAAGUUCGUGGCCGAGCACCUGCUGCGCCGCGAGCAUCUGCCGCAAUUGCUGGCCUACCUGGGCUGGCUGGCCGGAGCGGCAAAACAGAUUUUGGCCAUGCCAACACGACAGGAGCCGGAACAAGACGCCCUGGGCGUGCUCUUGGCCACCGUGGAUGCACUUUUGCAGGAGCCCCGCGUCUGGCGGGAGCUUAAUGCCAGUUUGGAUCCCUCACUGCGAUGCGAACUGCUCGACCUGCUGGACUCGGUGGCUCGUUGCAUACUGCAGGACACCAUUUUCUAUCGCAGGCACCGCCGGGACAGAAACAAGGCCAAAGGACCGGCACCGCAGGCGAUUUUCCUGGCCAAAUUGAUUGAAACCCAAAUUGAAAUCGAGUCCCUGGACAGCGGCAGGGUCUUGGCAGGCGUCGAGGACGCCCGACUGCAGUUCGCAGGGCAGGAUCUGGCCCGAUUCCAAGUGGCAUUGUCGCUGGUGGCCUCCAUCGGCAUCUCGCUGCUGCGAACGCACCAGUUUUAUGCCUACGCGGUCACUCCCCACGAGCUCAUCCAGCAGCCGGGCGACCAGCAGCAGCUGCAGCAGCAGGAGCAACAGGCCGAUGGCAAGCUGCCCUCCAUUCCUGUGGACAGCCUGAGCGAUGUGGAUGUGCUGCGUCAAUUUGUCAAGAGGCUCUCCAUCUUCGGAUUCACCACCCGGCAGCAGUUCGAGGAGUACUUCAUGACCUGCCUGCUGCUGAUCAACAAGCUGUACGACGAGCACAUGGUCGAUCAGCAGGAGCAGUUCCAGAUCAAGCAGGUCUGCCUCCAGGCCAUCCUCGAACUUUUAAUGACGUACAAAACUUUUCCCAUUGUGGGCCUGGCCAACGGACAGUUCCAUCACACGACUCGCUGGCAGCGCAUCACUUGCGACAGCAUUAGUUUGAAGAAACUGCACAAGGUGCAGUUGCUGGUGGAGGCGUGCAACGUCUUCUAUCAGCCCAAUCUGGAGCGGCAGCUGGUCCACGACAAUGUGAUUGGCACACGCACCUUUGCGCCCAAUCAGUACGAUCUCAGUUUCAGCUGGGCCCAAAUGGAGGACCAGGCGGCGGCGGGUGCGGGAAUGGGUGUGGGAAUGGGAGUGGGCCUAUCUGGCGGGGAGCAGGCAGGCACGGCGGACAUUAAGCAGUCCUGCGAUGCGGAUGUGCCCGACAUGGCAAUGCGCAACUAUCGCCAUUUUACGCAGCUGUCGGGAAUUGACUUUCGCAGCAGCACGCAGCUGGUCUUUGACGUACUGCAGCAGAUGAUCGAGCUGAAUCACAUCCUGGUGCUGCCCAAUUUGGUAAAGUUCUGCGAGAUCUGCGAGAGCCGCGACCACAUCAAAUGGAUUAAGGAACGCUGCCUCAAGCUGCAGGAGCAGGUGGCCAUGGACGAUACCAUUUCGCAUCAGCACAUAAUCUACUUACUGUGCCGCAGCCAGGCCCUCCUGAUCCCCAGCCUGGGCGAGCUGCAGGCCCUGUGCUCCUUGAUUGGCAACGUCUACUUAAAGAGCACGCACAGCUUCAUACGCAUCGCCACGUUGCAGGGGCUGCUCUGCCUGCUGGAGUGCUGCAGCAAGACCAACACGACAAUGGGACGGCUCAGCGAGGAGCUGGCAUUGUUGCGAGCCCUAAUUGUGGGCUACAUCAAUCGUCAUGGCAUCAUUGAUGAGAGCCCCCUGCCGUUCAGCGUGGAGCACACGAAGCUGGUCUGGACGCUCAAUUACAGCCUGAUCGAGUGGACAUCGAAAUUCGUGCCGCAGUGUCAUCUGUUGUCAAAUACAAUAAUUGCGGCCAACAAUUUUCUGAAGACGACCGCCGACGAGGAGCUCUAUCUGUGCGUUCUGCAUGGCCUGGAGCGCAUGGUGGUCAAUAGUGGAGUGCCGCCUCCUGGCAUUCAGCCUAGUGGAAAGGACUCCGCCGCUGGAGAACCGAACCCUGGAGUCGGAGUCGGAGUCGGAGCAGCCGGAUCCGAGGCGGGAGUUGGCGUCGUGGUCACACCGCAGAUGCGACAUAAAAUUGAAAAACUUGCACUCGAAUUGCUGAAAAUGGAAAAUGAGAAAUUUUCGAUUCCGGCAUUGAAAUUGCUUUUGUCCUGCAUGUAUGUGGGAUCUGCUGCCCAGCUGGAGAACACGGAGCUGUCGAAUGGAAUUGUGCAGGAUGACCCGGAGAUAAUCGCCCAGCAAAACGAUAAAGUCGAUAUACUUUUGCAUUGUAUUAAAUCAUCGACUCGAGAUGCCGCCUGGAUUUAUGGACAAGUGCUGUGCCAAAUUAUUCGUGAUUUAGUGCCACCGAAUGAAAUAUUGACGAAGGUCAUAAAGGAGUUUCUGGCCAUAAAUCACCCGCACUGCGAUGUUAUUGCCAUGAUUGUAUAUCAGGUCUUUCGCUCCGCCAUCGACUCGUCGUACCUGCAGAUGCUCCAGGACUGGCUGAUCUGCACCCUGCCAACGUUCCUGGAGCAGCCGGAGCAGCAGGGUGUCUGGGGCCUCAGCGUCAUCUUUUUAUCCGCCUCCAUAAAUCUGCAUUUGAUUAAACUAUUUCCGCUGGUGCUCGGCAUCGGGGCAUCCAACUCUGCGGCAGCGGCAACAACGGCAACAGCAGCAACAACAGCAACAACUGGGGCAGAGGCAGCAGCUCCGGCGAUGGCCCGAAAAUUGGGUCAACACGAAAUUGCAUUGUUCGUGACAGCUGCACAAGAUUUCCAUGCGAAAUUGAGUGGCGAGCAGCGGCAGCGUUUCCGCGAGGCCUUCGGCAGCUUCGAGCGGAGUCAAGUCUACGGCCGGAUGUUGCAGCGCCUGUGAUAUGAUACGCAUAUACUAUGGCAUGCCACACCAUACGAUAUAGUCACGAGUGGAUGGUGGCUAGCUGGCAGGGAGACCCAACUAUUUAUCUUGCGUUUAAUUCCCAAUCGCAGCUGAAAAAAGGAAAGGAGUCGAGUUUGGCAGGCGGCUAAACUUGCUGCAAAGACAAGCGCAAGCGUGAAUAACUAAUUGCCCCAAGCUGCGGAGAAAGUUUAAGCGGAUGUCCCUCUUCCUUGCGCCUGCACUACUUCAUCAACUCGGAGGACCCUUGGCGACCCCAGCGAACGGAAAGUUUUUUAAUAGUUGGCGAAUACAAAAUUAAUUUAUGCUUUACAUUAUGUGUAACUAAUAUUUAAAUUAUUGCAAACGAAUGUCCGCCACCCCGGCGCCCGGCGCCCACUUCCUAAUCUGGUCGAAAGUUUAACGAGGCCAGCAGCGAGCGACCCGCAAUUAAUUCCUGCGGCUUUCGACAAGGACCCAGGACACGGAAAUUAUGUUCUUGCCAGUUUUCGGCCAAAGUUGAUCAUUUAUUUAUUAUGACGCUGCCGGUUUGCUGGGCAAGAAAUAGAAUCCCACUCCCAGGAACGCUACUGGGCAUUAGUAUGCGCCUUAGCCAAUUGCCGGCUAAUUCCCAAUCAAAGUUAAUUAAAAAUUCCAUUAUGCAAACACAACCCUACUCUUUGUAUUCCCACUGUAAUCAAAAUACUAACCAUAUUGUUUAAUAAAAUAAAAAUUGCUAUUAAAACGAG